GGUAUCGGCCCGUUGUCGAAAAAGAUUCAAGCCAUCCAAGAGUGUGGCUGGAGCCGUGAAUUGUCAUGAAUGUCCGUUCGUUCCUUGGCCUUGCCGGCUACUACCAACGUUUCAUCAAGGGCUAUUCGAAGAUCACAGCCCGCUUGACCAAGCUUCAAUGCGAGGAGCGACAAUUUGACUUUGAUGUGGACGCACAGGAAUCAUUCUUGGCCCUCAAGGCCGCAUUGUUAUGCGCGGAGGUGUUGCACAUCUAUGAUCCGUUGUUGCCGACACGUGUCACGACUGACACAUCCGGCUAUGGCAUUGGGGCCGUCCUCGAGCAACAUGAUGGCAUGGACUGGCACCCCAUCGAGUACUUCAGCAAGAAGGCACCCGUUGUGCACUCGAUUGAUGACGCACGAAAGAAGGAAUUAUUGGCCUUCGUACACGCGCUCAAGCGGUGGCGACACUUCCUCCUUGGUCGAAGUCAAUUCCGAUGGGUAACGAACAACAAUCCGUUGGUCUUUUACAAGACCCAAGACACUGUCAACAGCACCAUCACCCAAUGGAUGGCUUUCAUUGACCAGUUCGACUUCUUUCCCGAUCACAUUCCGAGCGAGUCAAACCGUUUCGCGGAUGCUCUUUCACGGCGUCCGGAUCAUUGCACUGCAGUCUACUCGACUUUCGAGAUUGAUAACGACUUGCGGGACUGCUUCAUCCGCGGCUACCAAGCCGACCCCGAGUUUCGCGACAAGUAUGCGAAUUGCCCAUCUCCCAAUCCGGCGCCUUCGCACUAUCGGAUCCAAAAGGGGUACUUGCUCGUCCACUCGCGGGGGAAGGAUCUUCUUUGCGUACCAAGUGACUCUCACUUGCGUACACGGCUUCUUGGCGAGUUCCACGAUGCUCCCGCCACCGGACACUUUGGAGUUAACCGUACGAUUGACCGACUCGGCGAGCGUUUUUGGUGGCCCGGUCUCCUCGACGACGUCACACGCUAUUGUGAGUCAUGCGAGGUUUGGCGACGUUGCAAAUCCCGCAAUCAUCGUCUGUACGCCGAGUUGCGACCGUUACCAGUCCCCUUGCGCCCAAGGGAAGCGAUUGCCAUGGGCAUCACCGGGUCGUUCCCCAAACACAAGACUGGUGUGGAUGGGAUUCUCACGGUGGUCGACCGACUCACCAAGUUCGCCAUGUUUUUACCUUGUCGCUAUCAUGCCAAGGCACCGGAGUUGGCCGAGGUUCUUUACGCCGGUUGGAUUCGAACCAACAGUUACCCCAAGGACAUCGUCUGCGACAGCGACACUCGGUUCAUGCCCGAUUUUUGGUUGACGCUCAUUAAACAGUGGGGCUCAUCUCUCAAGCCGAGUUCGGCUCGCCACCCCCAAACCGAUGGCCAAACGGAGAGAGCGCAUCAGACCGCACAGGUUCUCCUUCGCACUCUCAUCUGUCCCGACCAAAAGGAUUGGGUUGAGUGGCUGCCGGAUGUCGAGUUGGCAUACAACUCGUCCAUCCACCCGGCUAUCGGGAUGUCGCCCUUCGAAUUCGAGCACGACUCACCGGUCACUUCUCCGUUGGACAUGAUUAUUCCGCGGACGACCGAGAGCGACGACCAUCUUCUUUUCUUGCAUCGGAUGCAAGAGCUACUUAUCAAGGCACGCGACCAAAUGGCCAAGACGCAGCAACGUAUGAACCAACACGCAAAUCGACACCGUCUUCCUUGCCCCUUCCGCGUCGGCGACCUUGUAUGGGUGUUUGCCGCGGAAUUCAGCCUCGAGCAAGAUAUCUCUCGCAAGCUCCUCUCGAAAUAGAUGGGGCCCUAGCCGAUCGUGGCACCUGCUA